AUGUUUCAUCUUUUUGAGGAUAGUAGUAGUGAUUCUGAAGAAAAGGCAUUUUAAUUUGAAAAGCAACCUAUUAUAAGUAUAAUAGUAAUUAAUUUAGAUAAGUUAGGAGUGUAGAAUAUUAAGGUAUAAGAUGCUAAUCAAUAUUAUGAAUUAUUUGAUGCAACAAAGAAAAGUACAAAUGAAGCUAAAUUAUUGUAAAAAGUAAAGGACUUAUUUUUAAAUAAAAAAGAGAUGGAUUGGUAUACAGAAACAGAUCUUAUUCAAUAAUAAUUAUCUUCAAGUGAUGAAGACUAUAAUAAUAAGAUGUGGAAUAAAAAAAAGUAUUAAAAAUCGAAGCGUUAUUUUGAUUAUAAAUAUUAUUAAUUUUGUUGGAAUUGUAGAUAGUAUGGGCAUGAAAUGAAAAUGUGUGAAGUAGAAAAAUAACUUUAUUGUUUAAUUUGUUUGAGUUUAAAUCAUUCUUUUUAUGAUUGUGAAUAAAAAUUAGAAAAAGGCAAUUUAAAUUUUGAUGUUCAAUCUCCAGAAGCAAAAUGUUUGAAUUGUUUGGAUUUAGGACAUAUAAAUUGUAGAUUUAAUAAUAUUAAAUAAUAAUCUUGA